UAAAAAUGGGGCUUGCUUGUUCUUCUAGCAGUCGUAAACCCAACAAAUGUCAAUUGCAGGAGAUAUAAUAUCCUAUAAUGAUUGCUUAGAAUUUUAUAUCAAUCAUUGGACAAUUAUAAUUAUCUGAUGACAUUAUUGGUGAUUUACGUUACAAUUUGAACUAGUUGAUAAUUUAAAGGAGCAAGUUAGCACAUUGCAUAGCUCGAUUGUAAAAGAGAUACUCUGAUUAUCAUUUAUCAGAUCUAGAAAACCAAUUCCAAACACUUCUAAAAACUGUUGAGUCUAUUUUAGAGGAUUGUUAAUUAAAAAUUCACUUUCCAAUAAUAGAAUAAUGUCUAUUAGAAUAGUUAGAAUUACAUCGUUAUAAUAUGAAAUAAUAAUUAUGAGAUGAUAAGAGUUUUAAAAAAUUUAAAAG